UGAACAGAUUGGCCUGCUCAUGUCUUGUGCUUCACGACUGAUGACCAAUAGUAAAGAUCCAAAUAUCCAGAUAUCCAAAUAUCCAGCUGGUUAACCGUUCUUCAAAAGAACCUGUACCAGAGUAUCUAUGGAGAUCUCUCCUCUGCCAAAUUCGGCCGAAUCCUGCCUCUGUUACAGGUGACAUUUGCCAGAAUGCGCUCCCGUCCAGCGAUGCGUUCAGCCCACCUAUGGCAUUGCGAUGGGGCCCGCGAAGUCAAUGCAUUAUUCUUCAAAGCUGGGAAGUGGCGCCGGCUAUGUCAGCUCCUUGAUGUGAUGUCUUGACGGGCGUCCUUGACAUCCUAAUAGAAGCUCAAUAUCCCAAACAUGCACAUCUUUGCUGUAUCGCUCACUGACUUACACCAUCACCAUCUGUUCAACGCCGUAAUCUCUUUUCCACACCACCUACCUGACUCCAUCUAGCAAGAAGACUUGUCUAUUUUACUAAAAUGGUCGCCUCCUUCGUCUGGACUGCAGAAGAGGCCAAAUACCUCAAAGCCGUCCUCCGCUGGCAAGACGCCCCCUCCUCAGACGACGACGCCACCGCUACCAGACCAAGACAACCCAGAAGGAGACCGCCCCCUCCCCCACGGGCAACUAUCCAACUUUCCUCCCAAAACCGCAGGCAACCCCAAGAAAAAGAAGACCACCCACCAUCAGGUGAACUCCGCGUGUUGGUCCUCGGGGCGAAAGGAGCAGGGAAAUCCUCUCUUUUGAGCAGAUUUUCGCAAGGCACAUUCCCUCCCGCCACCCAACCCACAACAGCAACAACAACGUCACCAUCAGGGGAGUCCCACUCAGGAAGCUGCCGACAUCCUAUCUUUCUCCUCCCCUCUACAACAGGGGACAGCAAAAAAAAGAAAUACAUCAUCGACGCGCUAGAAUUCCCUUCCAAUCAGUCAUCUUCGAACCCAUUGCUGGAGCAAGCACUGGCCAUCACCGAGGCGGCGGUUGUGGUUUAUGACACGGCAAGCGCCGAUUCUUUCAGGUUGGCGAAAGGGGUGGUGGAAUUCAUCUUGGAGCAUUUCGACCCACUCACACCAUCCCCCAACAAUAGCGCCAACAGGAGGGUUUAUCCAGUGGUGCUGGUGGGGAAUAAAUUUGACAAUGACAAGGAGAGAGAGGUUAGCGAGGAUGAGGGGAGAGAAGCGGCCGGGAAGAUGGGGGUUAGAUGUAUGAUGGAGGUUAGUGCCAGGACGGGAGAAGGGGUACAAGAGGUGUUUGAGACUAUCGGGGCGGAGGUUCUAGCUGCGAAGAGGGCGACAACUACGGCUAGGGAGGUGGGGAGGGAAAUGGUUCAGGGUGGUGGGUAUGAGAAGGCGGGCAACAGGCCCCAACUUGUGAGGCAAGGAGGGAGUGCAGGCGGGAGUAACAAGAAAGGGGGUUUACUGAGAAGGAUGUUCUGGGGGAGGAAACUCCACACGCGGCAGGGGGUUGCUUGAGUUCGAUGAAUAUCUGGCUGUAGGAUGCCGAAGAAAGUGUCCAAGUGGUGUAAGUAGUGCAAGCGAGUGCCAGCAGCAUCAAGAGUUCCAACACAAGCGCAAGUCUUCACACAAAAUGAUGUCAAAAAUGUAUUGAACUAACCCAACCAACCCAUCCCUAGUCCAUUCCACAAGAAAAGAAAGCCACAAACCAUAACAAGCAAAAAGAAAACAUCAUCU